CAUUUUCUUACUUUACGAUAGGAAAUUAAAACAGUCGAGUAUGAACUACGAGGGCCUCUAAAGUUCACUUUUGUUCGUCAGAGAGCUGGUUCUAUCCCUUUCGCACGACCGAAUGCUUUCGAGUUUUCCCGUUCACGAUUCAACUCAAAAUACGCCAAAAAAUGACGUCGAUCUAAAUGUUUCGAAAACAGUGUCUCGCGUAUCAUUCAACGAGUACGGUGCGCUCACUCGGCACUCAUUAUUUGGAAUUUUCCAAUUCACUGAUUAUUACAACUAGUAAGUUUUACAAACAAAUCCGUAUCCGUCUGCAUUUAUUUCGCGAAUAGUGCCAAAUAUGAAAGUCGUAAGUGAUGGAGUCAAUAGGGUCGCUUCUAGCUCAGCAAGGCAUGCUAACCGGCGGAUUGUAGACGGCCGCCGCUAGCGCUAUUCGAAUAGAUAAUAGCGACUGUCUCAAACCGGUCGGUUAUCACAUAGAAAAUUCUGACAGUUCAGAGCCGUCACGAGAAAUAAUGUCGUUUUUAUUACAUUUUUUGAUAAAUUAUUAUUCUCGUUUCGAUCCGGCGACAUCGGCUUAUCGAUUUUCCUAUUUAACGCGCCACUGUAUUUUAUACAUUUUCGAAAGAUCGACGUCUCUGUGUCUAAGCGCUUUCGAAAAACGUUUUAUAAGUAUUUUCUCGCGGCGAACGGACGUCGAGCGCGUUAUUGUAAAUUGGUAAUAAUUUCAUUCAUUACAGAGUAAUACAGUGCUAGAAUAUGGGUUAACACUCCAAAAGGAAUACCCGUUAGUGCAGUCGUUAAUAAAGUGUUUAGAUUAGAAAUAUCAUGUUUGUUUUGUGGUAACUGUGAGAGUUAUAUUAUUUUGUUUGUCUAUUAGUUGUGUAUAGUGCAUUCCGUUUGUGAAAGUAUACAGCAGAAUUUUCUUUUUAUGAGCACGGAUGGUCAUAUUAGUGGCAUCGGAUGCAUUACUUGUAAUCAACGUUCCUACAAUUUCUGAAGGCAGCCGAGCAAAUCAACCACGCGAUAAAUGAAGACCGGUAGCAACGUCCGCCCGUAGAUAAUCACUGUAAAGAUAACCACCGAAGGAGUACAUUCCAAAUUAACUAGAACUUUUGUAUAGACUAUAAAUUAAAAUUAUUAAAAAAAAAAACCGACCAAAAUUUUUCUACCAAACUUUUGAAAGCAACCAAAGUGUUUAAAUAAGGAACAUGAUGGUGCCGCAGCAGUAUUGCCUGCGGUGGAAGCACCACCAUUCGAACGUCCAGAGUAUGUUUGCUCAGCUUCUCGAAAAGGAACGGUUCUGCGAUGUCACGCUGUACUGUUCGCCGAACUUCGCGACUCAAGUACCUAACAAGGACACUGUCGAUCCGCAGAACAUACGAGGGGUGUCUCUCAGGGCGCACAGAGUGGUAUUAGCGGCUUGCUCCGAGCUACUGGGCGCGCUGCUUGGUGCUCACGAAGCCCAGGGCGAGCCGGUCCUCGUUAUAGACGGGGCUGAACCGCGACACUUGAAGGCUCUCCUCGACUACAUGUACACCGGGGAGAUGAAUGUUCACCAUACCCAAUUGGCUGGUCUGCUGAAGACUGCGGAAGAACUUCGUAUAAAAGGGCUCACGGAUAUCCGGUGGAAUAAUAAGGAUGAACCCCCCGAUUGUGCUACUGGAGCAGUGACGACGACGGCCCAUGAGAAACGAACGGAAGUUAUUAAACCGACCGAGAGGCAUGAACAGAAAAACUCGGAAAAGCCGCAAGACUGCAAGAGUACGCAAGAGAAGAAUACGCAAGACUUGAAGAACACGCAAACCACGAAGAAUACUCAAGAAAAGAAUAUAGAUAGAAAGACACCAGAACGAGAGACUCACGUUGAGCCAGAGGAUACUGAAGACGUGAUCAAGGAAAAGCUUAAUAUUAAUGGGGGACCACCGCCGUUGAUAAAACUGCCGACCAAAGAGAAGAACAGCGUCCCCAACCCCAAGAGAGAAAUGUCAGACACGGAGAGUCCUAGCCCGAAGCGUCAGAGGGUGAUCAGCGCGACGGAACACACAGACGACGAGAACAGCGGACAAAUUAAAUCUGAGAGGGAUCAAGAAUGGCGGCAUGGGAAUUUAGAUAUAACAGCGGAGCGUGUGGUGGGGUGGGGGGCUGGUGAGGGACCUGAGGGUGACUGGUCGCGCGAGCAGUCGGACGACGAGUGGGCCGACCCGCCCGCCGACAUCGGCUCCUUCCUACGGACAAAGCUGAGAGUGGACGGCGACAACAGUGGCGACGAGGAGUCGGACGGCAGCAACGGUGCGCGCGCGCACGCGUCGUCGUCGUCGUCCACCGCCAGCACCGCGCACAUCGACUACGUCAAACCGAACAAGUUGGGUAUGCAAGACCCGAGGUUCAUGGAUGUCGUGAAAUUGAACGACUAUCUCCAGCACGGGAGACGGCCACAGUUCUGGGAGGAGAACUAUGUGAAGCGGGUGAUGGAAGCUGUGCGUCUCAAGGAGUUAGAGAUGAAGCAAGCUGCGGAAAUAUUAGGCGUCAGCUACGGGACACUGUACGGCAGAUAUCGUGAUGUUUACGGAUGCAUUAACAGGCCUUAUCGGACCGCCCGCGACUUCUGGCAAGCGAAGGGCCCGUCGGAGAUCCUGGACCGCCUGCAGCGCGGCGACCUCGGCAUCGAGGCGGCCGCGCUGGCGCUCGGCGUCAACCCCGCCAACCUCGCUGCCUACGUCGCCGACGUCUCCGACAAGGAUUUCGAACCCGUCCCCAUUGAAGUGGAUCCGUCGCUGAAGCUGCGCGCGCGCACCUACACGACCGCCGUCAAGCCGCGGAAACCAGAUAAGGUGCCAGGCAAGAAAGUGAUGGUAGGCAGCCUGGCCGAUGAUGACCCGAUACCGGCGACCAUCAUCACCACUCAGGACAAACACAGUCAGCCAGCGUGCAGCGGCAAAUGGCCCUCAAUUCGAGUAGCUAGCCUGGAGUCCCUACGCGGGUCGGAGGCGCCCCCCUCCCCGUCGCCCGCGCCUCCCCCCUCGUCGUCCCCCUCGCCGGUGCCCUCACCGUCCCCCUCGCAGCUGAUGCGCACGAGACCGGACCUCACCAUAGUGGCAGCGAGGCACGGCAAGGCGGACUCGUGACACGGUCGAUAGGGAGAUACGCGUAACACGAUUUAGACAUAUUGUUUCCUUAUUAUUUUAAUUGUGUUAAGUGAAAGAUCGUUACGUCUCUGUCACGCAAUUAUUAUAUAUUAUUGGCUCAAUUGUAAGAUAUCACGAUUGUCGUUGAACAAAAUUGCAUAUAUGUUCGUCCAGUUAUAUAUUAUUUCAUGUAUUGUACAUUCCAAUGACAAAAGGAGCGAACAUAAACAAACCAUAGAUUUACAUAUUCCACGCGAUUCGCUACAGCUCCGCUGUAUUGUACACCACGAACAGUUCUCGAUUAAUAUAUCUCUAUAUAUAACACGACACUGUUACACUUAGCUACUUAUAUACACUUUGAUUUUACUAAAGUUUUUUUUUCUCGACUCCACAAUGAAUACCACCGCUUAUUAAGAUCAAAGACGUCACGUCCAUUCAAAGUCACAAUGCUUAGCUUUACUCCUCAUGUCAUUGGAUGCGAUGUAGUUAUUUUUAAUCAAUCGAUUCAUUAAUAUAUCAAAACGGGAGAUAGAAGUUUGAAACUCGACAAAGAUCAUUUUUUGUUACAGAUAAUAUUUAAUCAAUUCCAAGCAUCCUGUAUAAUUUAUACAACUGUCAGUAUGAACAAAGAAAUCGUUUUUAAAACGAUAUUUAUAUCUUGAUUUUAUAUAUUAUAAAUCCCCCCCCAUUAUAUUAUAAUCGGAGGAGAUUAUGUAAUUUUACUUAUUAAAGUUUGUUUAACAUAUAUAUAUUAUAAAGUGUAUAUAAUCGGUACCAAAGAUCUUGCCAGCGUGAUUCAGAAUUUGAAAUAUUCGAUCAGCGCCAUCUAUUGGUGUAUUAGAAUAUCCUAAUACAGGAUUUGAGAGUAUAUUUUCAUUAUAGUGUUUUCUUAAUUUUUUUUAUCUAUAUAUAGUAUAUUAACAUUGCAUUGAGAUAUAUUUAUAUACAGCCAAAAGUCUCUCCUUAGAUAAAGAUGUUCGUCUCUUUCUAGCUACGGUAUUUUCAAACUUUGACAGGUAUUUUCUAUCUCUCUCAUUAAAAUAUGCGUGCCUAUCACAAAUUCGGUUCAGAUGUUUUAAGUGUUUUCCCAUCGAUGUCUGUGUAAGGUGGUACCAUCAGACUAUAGGAAGCUUUUGACCAACAUUAUAUACAGUAAUAUACAUAAAAUUAUUUCAUAUAAGCUUGAACGAUUAUACUUCAAUCGGCCAUUUCUUUGAAAAUGACAAAUUUUAUCAUAUUGAAAAAAAACAUAAUGGAAUUUCCACUGAAUUUAAAAAAAAGCUUUACAAAGUAUAUACGUUUAAUAUGACUCCUUUAAGGGUACAAAUUUGUUUUAAAAUUUACUAACUUUUUGUAUUUUUGAUUUUUCUUUAUAUUAAUGUGGAUAUUAAAACCGGUUAAGUAUAUAGAGACUCGCAUUGUUUAAAGUAAAUAUCAUAAUAUAUAUAUUUGGUAAUAUUUAUUAGAUAUUUUUUUUAUAGACCGCUAUGAUGCACUAUGUCUGAUAAUAUUCGGGUUAGAUAAUGUCCUCAUGACCGAUUUCGUGAGAGCCAUUUUCGCAGGGCAUAUUAUAGUGCACAAGUGUGCGUUUUCAUCCAUCACUUUUAUCCACCAACCCGUAUUGGAGCAGCGUGGUGGAUAUUUUAAAGGGUGAGACUGUUGCUUUACGUUUUUUUUUUUUUGGUUAUUAAUAUAUAAUCCCCGUUAAUAAACAUCGUUAGUAAACUGGAAUUUCGUGUCUGAAUGAAAUGCUGUUUGAAUUGGGGGGGGGGGAUCUUUCAACAAAUUUGUCGUUAUCCGUGAUGCGAUUUGUGAACAAUACACUAAAAAUGCCAUCGUACAACUUCGAAUUAUUAAAAGUUGGAGGGUUUUACAACUCUAUAUUAAUAUUUUUUUAAUUGGACGCGACCGCACUCUACCGCUGUUGAGCAACGACUGCGAAACAUCACAUAGGUAGUGUGCGACAGAGACAACGCUCUACGAAAACGAAAUUAGACGAAUGUCUCUUUUCAAUGGUCGAUUUGCUAUAUUUAUUGACGGGUACUAUAUAUAUAUUUUGU